UUUUUCAUAUCUUCUUCUUCUUCUUCUUCUUCCUCCUCUCUCUCUAUUCCGGAAGUAGCUGCUGUACUGGUUCAAUCUCCAAGCCGACCAUUUCGAGGAGGAAAAUCAGCGGCAGCCGUAUCACCACCACCACCAUCUAUCUGAUCCUAUAAUCAAUGCCAUUACUGCUGUGUAAUUGCCCUCGGAUGCGGAGACGUCUUCAUGUGUCGUCCUCGUCUUUGUCUCUCACAAGAAAAGACCGUAGACCGCCUUCGGUAUUUUCUGUCCCGCGUUGACAUUUCAGCUCGCAUCGAGAAUGCUGGCGGACGUCGAGCGACGACAGGAAACAUGGGGCUUUCGGGUGUUUUUGUGUUGCCAUGUUUCCAGCCAGGCUCCUGAAAAUGCAAAAUGAUAAAGGGAUUGUUGUGGGUCUUUUUUUUUCUAUGAUCUCGACGAUUUAUAGGAAGUGCGCGUGAAUGGAUCCACGGAUUCUUUUUUGGACGAACCAGAGGUUUUUUAGAGAAAGGAGAUGAAAUAGAGAGAGAGAGAGAGAGAGAGAGAGAGGGGAAAAACUGGACCAUGAUCUGACGCCUGGGAUGAUACAGUAACAGACACAGCAGCCUAUUCUAACAACAUUGCAAAUAAUAACUAUCAUUUCAUCUUCUGCACCUUUGUUUGGAUUAUGAUUCUUGACAAGAGUGUCAGAUGUGACUGUGUGGAUGGCAUGUCGUUGUCUUUUACAUCCCAUCCUCUGUUUCCUGGCUGCGCGCUGCUCUCUCUUCCACUCGUCCACUCUCUCGCAGUCUUCUGCUUCGGGUAGCAAAACAUGUAGCCGAGGCAAUUCUUUUUUCAUUUGCUGCAAGCCCAGUGCAUCUUUCAAAAAGAAAGACAAAAACAGGGGGGAGUGGGAGUCUCUUUGAAUGGAAAAUGGACGGUGGGAAAUCAAAACAGGACGAGUUGUAACGUUAAUCUGAAGAAGAGAGUGUGUUUAGACAGAGGAGUUUGAGUAAUGAAUAUUGAAAGAGUGUGUCAGGAAAAUCUUUUAUCCGCAUUGGCUUAGACACACAUGCCAUCAGUGAGGCGAGAGCCUUUCACAAUUAUUUUUAAUAACAAUAAUAAUAAUAAUAACAACAGUAAUUAUGAUUAAUAAACCAGUAGUGGAAUUACUACAAUGAGAAUAUACACAGUCAGUGUAUGAACAAUAAUAACAAUAAUAAUAACAAUAGAAGAGACAAAAACACUUCAUUUAUUUUUCCUUCAGUCUGGCUGAGACUUUAUGUAGCCAAACAUGUUCAAGUAUCGGAUCCGCAUGUUUUUUAAUGAACUGAAAGUCCUGGUGUUUAUGCGAUCCGAUUCGAGGCAGUCCGGUUCAGACACAGAUAGACGGUCCACCACCACCAACACCACCACCGCCGCCGCCACCACAAUGCGAGGUCUGGGGAUGGGCGGCUGCGGCUGGCCGCCGUUCGUCGACUGCCAUUCCCGGGAUGAUGAGGAGGAAUACUACGGCAGCGAACCGCGGCCCCGGAGCCUGGCGUUUGAGGACAAGGAGCCCAAGCUGCAAGUGGGCCUGGACGCCGUGUCUCUGGCCAGCACCGCCAGCAGCCUGCGGACCCCCCAGUGCCGGAUCUGUUUCCAAGGCCCAGAGCAGGGCGAGCUGUUGAGCCCCUGCCGCUGCGAUGGCUCCGUGCGCUGCACCCACCAGCCCUGCCUCAUCCGCUGGAUCAGUGAGAGAGGCUCCUGGAGCUGUGAGCUCUGCUACUUCAAGUACCAGGUCCUGGCCAUCAGCACCAAGAACCCUCUGCAGUGGCAGGCCAUUUCUCUGACGGUGAUCGAGAAGGUGCAGAUAGCGGCCAUUAUUCUGGGCUCCCUGUUCCUCAUUGCCAGCAUCUCCUGGCUCAUCUGGUCCUCACUCAGCCCUUCAGCCAAGUGGCAGCGCCAGGACCUGCUCUUCCAAAUCUGCUACGGCAUGUACGGUUUCAUGGACAUCGUCUGCAUAGGCCUCAUCAUCCAUGAAGGCUCAUCAGUGUAUCGAAUCUUCAAACGAUGGCAGGCUGUUAAUCAGCAGUGGAAAGUACUGAACUAUGAGAAAUCGAAGGACUUGGGCGACCCACUGAGUUCGAGUAAGACAGGGGCGCGUGGCUCUCGCAGUAACCCUCACGGUCUGGCCAGCAGCAGCGGUGGGCGGCAGAGCAGGAGGCUAAGAACUAUUCUGAACCACCACUGUGGCUACACCAUCUUACACAUCCUGAGCCAACUGAGGCCCAACGACCCGAGGAUCAGUGCUGCUGCCAAUAGAGAGGUGGUGAUGAGGGUCACCACUGUAUGAGUGUGACCGAACAUAGAACUCUUCGUUGGGUUCAGAUGUAAAUGAAUGGAAGGGACUUAUGGACCUAAUAUUAAUAAUACAGACUCGUGAAGGUGACAGGCUUCCUUUGAGGAGCUGAGCGAUGCCCGGAGCAUCAACAGACAACACACUCUUGAGGAUUUCUCCUCUUGUUUCGUACAACAAAAGGAAGCCGGAUGCUCCUUUUCAAUAAUUGAAGAACUGAUGAAAAAAUGGACAAAAAAAAAGCAUUAAAAGACACCAAACAUGAAUUCUGAGGAUGAGGACAACAGGUUUUUAUAACCUAAUCCAAGACGAUGAGAUGAUUUUUCCAGUUCAAUAUCAGGAUGCACAGAGACAUUUUUUUGUUCUGUUUUUGAAUCCUCUUAGUUUGGUUUGGAUUUACUCUGUUUUUUACUCACUUUGAUUUUGUUCAGAUGUAUGAUUUUAGAAGUAACCAUGUAACUUCAUACAUGCCAAGCAUUUCCAAAACAAUGAUGUGUAAUAAUCCUAACAUUUCUACAAGCGAAUCAAUGCUGGUAAAAAAAAAAAGACCGAAAACUGAAACAAAAACAUGAGGGCAAUGCAAAGGCGACAACAGGAACAAUAAGAUAAACAAAAAACAAAAAAAGGAAAUCAGUGAGAUUUCAGUGACACGUAAACUUUCUGCAAUAAAGAUGCAUAUGUACAUUUCACAGGGACUUUUGCAUGGGUAUAUAAUUUUAUUCUUCAUCACAUACCAUAAGCACAUGACAAAUUUGCUCUAUUUCGAAUGGUGCUUGCCAAAAUAAACACUUUAAAAACAUCUGAUUUCACUGCACCAACUUUUUGUCGACAUGACAAACGGCAGUGUGUUGCAGGUAUUUCAGCUAAAAUACAGAUUGUUGCUGCCGUGUGCUGAUUCAGAUUUGAUAAUAAGUAAACUAUUGGAUUAAAACUGGGGAUCGGAUGAUCUCUAACUAAUUACUGUCA